AAAGCUUUGCCGAAGGCAAGCACUUUGGAAGUGUGCUCUCGUGUGGGGAAGCUCGGUGCUUGCCAGGCUGAAGCAGGACAGAUGGAAGCUCAAUUCCUGAAGCCGAGCCCAAAGCUGUGUUCCCUGUGCUGGGGGAGCUUCUGCGCAGCUCAGCGCAGGUCUGAGGGGUUUGAUGGUGUUCGGAGCUGCCUAUGACAUAACUUUUAACCUUGCUCUGACCCUGUGGUGUGAGGAGCGCUGAGAAGUGAGGCUUCCUACCUGACUGGGUUUGUAAGAGUGACUGCAUCCGGCCUGACCUGCUUGGGGCUGCACCCAGCCCUGCGGGCUUGUGCCUCCCCCGAGAUCUCGGGUUUGUGGGCUGUGAGAUCCUCCACAGGGGUGGGAGAGGAUGAGGCUCAGCUCAGCAGCUAGGGCCUGCCUGCUCUGCUCCUGUAAUCUGGUGCAAAUGGCCACUGGUUGCCGGUGCCAGUGUCAGCUCUGCUGUUCUGAGCUCAGAUGUUUCAGAUUAAUUUCAUGACAUGUGGUGAAAAAAGAAUGAGUCAGAAUCUGGGCUUUAUUCAGCUUUGCAGCUGGGCUGGCUGGAGUGAAACCUUUCUGCCACCGCUGUUCUUGGGAAGCUCGGCUGGGCUGGGGCCGAAGCUGCCUUCCAUGCUUGCCUUUGGCUGGAUUUCAAGUUGAGCUCUCGGGAUGAAGUGGUGCUGCUGGGCCCUCACUUUUUGGUGCUCUGGCUGCUUUGCUGCUCACCCUGCAGGCAGGCAAGGCUGCGUGGCCGUGUACUGCGCCGUCGGGGGCUCCGGGGUCGAGUGCUGCAGCACGGAUGUCAGCGGGUGUGAAAAGGGCUUUUCCCCUCGCAGCCAGGCUGGUUCCUUCCCCAGCCUCCCCGAGGCAUGCGUGCCAGUAUUCCCACAGUAAGGAUGCAUUUUCAGCCUGCAGUUCCGCCUUCUCUUGACCCAGGCCCACCCAUGGGUGACGGCAGAGGUGCCUGCCCUGCCAGCCCGAGCUGGCAGCCACUCUUGCCUUGCCAGACCCCAGCCUGGAAGCACAAACUGGUGCUAGUCCCAGGGCUCCUUGAACUGGUCCUGUGGCUACUGGCUCGGGGUGGAUUUUGCUGAAGAGGAACCGGCUCCUGGAUGUGUGAUCAGCUCCUCGGGGACACGGGGCCUGGGCUCAUCCCUUGGGGUCUCCGGAGCUGGCCAGGAUGGCCCAGUGGAACCAGCUGCAGCAGCUCGACACGCGAUACCUGGAGCAGCUCCACCAGCUCUACAGCGACAGCUUUCCCAUGGAGCUCCGGCAGUUUCUGGCCCCGUGGAUUGAGAGCCAGGACUGGGCGUACGCCGCCAGCAAGGAGUCGCAUGCUACGCUGGUGUUCCACAACCUGCUGGGGGAGAUCGACCAGCAGUACAGCCGCUUCCUGCAGGAGUCCAACGUCUUGUACCAGCACAACCUGCGGCGCAUCAAGCAGUUCCUGCAGAGCAGAUACUUGGAGAAGCCAAUGGAAAUAGCCCGCAUCGUGGCUCGCUGCCUGUGGGAAGAGUCCCGGCUCCUCCAGACAGCUGCCACUGCAGCCCAGCAAGGGGGACAGGCAACACAUCCGACAGCAGCUGUAGUGACGGAAAAGCAGCAGAUGCUGGAGCAGCAUCUGCAGGAUGUGAGGAAGAGGGUGCAGGAUCUGGAGCAGAAGAUGAAAGUGGUGGAGAAUCUCCAGGAUGACUUUGAUUUUAACUACAAGACUUUGAAAAGCCAAGGAGACAUGCAGGACCUGAAUGGAAACAAUCAGUCGGUGACCCGGCAGAAAAUGCAGCAGCUGGAACAGAUGCUCACGGCACUGGACCAAAUGCGAAGGGGUAUUGUGAGUGAGCUGGCUGGACUGUUGUCAGCUAUGGAGUAUGUGCAGAAGAUGCUGGCAGAUGAGGAAUUGGCAGACUGGAAGAGACGGCAGCAGAUCGCCUGCAUUGGUGGCCCACCAAAUAUCUGCUUAGACCGGCUCGAGAACUGGAUAACCUCUCUUGCUGAAUCACAGCUACAGACCCGGCAGCAGAUCAAGAAGUUGGAAGAACUGCAGCAGAAAGUGUCCUACAAGGGUGACCCAAUUGUCCAACACCGGCCCAUGCUGGAGGAGCGGAUUGUGGAGCUGUUCAGGAACCUGAUGAAAAGUGCUUUCGUUGUGGAGAGGCAGCCCUGCAUGCCCAUGCACCCCGACCGGCCCCUGGUCAUCAAAACUGGCGUGCAGUUCACCACUAAAGUCAGGUUGUUGGUCAAGUUUCCAGAGCUGAACUAUCAGCUGAAAAUUAAAGUCUGCAUUGACAAGGACUCCGGGGAUGUUGCAGCACUUCGGGGGUCCCGGAAAUUUAACAUCCUGGGGACAAACACCAAGGUCAUGAACAUGGAGGAGUCAAACAAUGGUAGCCUCUCAGCAGAGUUCAAGCACCUGACCCUGCGGGAGCAACGGUGCGGUAAUGGAGGCAGAGCCAACUGUGAUGCCUCGCUGAUAGUCACUGAGGAGCUGCACCUCAUCACCUUCGAGACAGAGGUGUAUCACCAGGGGUUGAAGAUCGACCUGGAGACCCACUCACUGCCUGUGGUGGUCAUCUCCAACAUCUGCCAGAUGCCCAAUGCCUGGGCAUCCAUCCUGUGGUACAACAUGCUGACUAACAACCCCAAGAACGUGAACUUCUUCACCAAACCCCCCAUUGGGACCUGGGACCAGGUGGCAGAGGUGCUGAGCUGGCAGUUCUCCUCCACCACAAAGCGCGGCCUCAGCAUCGAGCAGCUGACAACGCUGGCAGAAAAACUUCUAGGGCCAGGUGUGAAUUACUCUGGCUGUCAGAUCACCUGGGCCAAGUUCUGCAAGGAGAACAUGGCUGGCAAAGGCUUUUCUUUCUGGGUCUGGCUGGACAACAUCAUUGACUUGGUGAAAAAGUACAUCCUGGCGCUGUGGAACGAAGGGUACAUCAUGGGGUUCAUCAGCAAGGAGCGGGAGCGAGCCAUCCUGAGCACCAAGCCUCCAGGAACCUUCCUGCUGCGGUUCAGCGAGAGCAGCAAGGAAGGUGGCAUCACCUUCACGUGGGUGGAGAAGGACAUCAGCGGGAAGACCCAGAUCCAGUCUGUGGAGCCUUACACCAAGCAGCAGCUGAACAACAUGUCAUUUGCGGAGAUCAUCAUGGGCUACAAAAUCAUGGAUGCCACCAACAUCCUGGUGUCCCCCCUGGUGUACCUGUACCCAGACAUCCCGAAGGAGGAGGCAUUUGGGAAGUACUGCCGCUCUGAGAGCCAGGAGCACUCUGAAGCUACUGACUCAGGUAGUGCUGCUCCGUAUCUGAAGACCAAGUUCAUCUGUGUCACUCCCACCUCCUUCAGCAACAGCAUAGACCUGCCCAUGUCCCCGCGCACCCUGGACUCGCUCAUGCAGUUUGGCAACAGCAGUGAGGGAGCAGAGGCUAAUGCAGGGGGGCAGUUUGAGUCGCUGACCUUUGACAUGGAGCUGACCCCGGAGUGUGCUUCUUCACCGAUGUGAGGUGCUCCGCCGGCACUCGCGGGGGCCCUCCCAGGACUCGGGCUUGCCGCCUCCAAAGAGCUCCCCUGGUCUCGCCCUGCUCGGUCAUGGUUGCUCUGGGCCUUUCCUCGGGAGGAGCUGGGGGCUGGGGUCCUUGCCACUGAUUCCUUGUUUGACCCAGAUGAACACCACCCUCUCCGGGGUGGUGCCGUUCGUCUCUUUGGGGGGAGGGGGGGAUGAACCUUUUUCUAUUUCCUUCCAUAACAGUUUUUUAUUAUUGUUUCGCUCAUUCAAGUGCCUAUUAGCCUCCAAUCGCAGCCUCAGUUUUUACAAAUGCUUCUGCAGCCCCAGUUGCGCUGCCUGCUGUUGAAAGCUGCUUUCCUGACUGCCAGAGUCUAAAAGCCCGUGAAGAUCCUAUGAGCCUGGAUUUUGCCUCCAGGCGCCUGAGAAGGGAUCGGCCGUUCCUGGCCUCCGCAUGGGUUACCUGGUGCGCCAUGCAACAGGGGUCUGCCCUGCUGCUGCCCCAGCAGCCCUCCCAGAGCUUGCAGAGUGCAGAGGGAUCCCCUCUCCGCACCUUUGGCCCUUUGCUGGAGGACCAGCUCGUGGCUCAGAGUUGCAAGGUAGAUAGGCCCCGGCGCUCCUGCCCUGUGAGGGUGAUGGUUCGGCUGGGCUCAGCCUGGGCUUUGCUGGGAGCAGGGAGUUCAGUGGCUGCCUGUGCUUGCCACCAACUUCCUGCUGUGGGCGCAGAGAUCCAGCUGACUCCAGCAGCCCCAGGGCUCCUGCUGGGACAACUGGUUUCCCUGUGGUGCAAAGGCUGCCCUGGGGCAGGGCAGUGAUGUGUCCCGACACCAGUGCAUGCUCGUAAGCAUGCAGCAUUUGCAUCUUGGGUCUGUUUCGGGACCUGGGUAUAACCACAGAGGCUGCCCUGACCGUGGCUUGCCCUGUGGCCAUGCUAAUGACAGGAGCACGGCUGUGCCUCCCUCGCUGUGCAGAAUUAGACCCGUUGGACGCUGGGGGGGAGGAUGGGAGACUGUUGGAUCCAACGUGGCCUGCAGUGGAUGGCCCGGCCUGGCCCUUUUCCCUCCGGUAUGGCUUGUGACGUCCCAGGCAGUGGGUUUGCAGCUUCCUGGGGGCUUUGCGUGGCAUUUUUGUUAGAGGUUGGCUGUUGCUGUUAAGGUAGGAGGUGGCAAGAGUUGAAGGGAGCAGGAUGUACGUAGGAGGAGGAAUCUGCUGUUGGCCAGUGCUUGACGGAGACGUGGUUGUUGCAGAGGGCAGGUUUCCUUGCCCAGGAGGUCGAGAAAAGGUGGAAGUUGUGCUGGCCAAUGGCUUAUUUACCAAAACGGGAGGAGCCCUCCUGCCCAUUCCGUGCGGUGGGCAUGCAGACACGAAUUAGCAAGGAAGGGGCAGGAGAGGCAGUGGGAGAGCUGCUUGCACUCCCUGCCCUCAGCAUCUGGAAGCCCGUGGUGUUUGUGGGGCUGCAGCUGCCCGUGGUGGGUGGCACCAAGGGGGUUGUGUGCUGUGCUCAGCCGGGCCUGGCGCUUCGGGGCAGCACGUGGGAGCUGUCGGCGCUGAGGCUGUGGGUAACAUCAGCAGAGAAGUGUCUGAGUGGGCACCAGCCCCAGGCUUUACAGGUCUCUUGAUUUGUCUUGAUUUGGCCCUGGGUGGAGAGAGACCCUCAAUCGUCUGUACCAGCGAUGCUGCUGUGGUGCAGGGUGGACCCGUCGCGUGGCUCUGGCUUUUCUGCCCAGUAAAGACUCUGGGAUGUCCC